AUGGGGUGCGCAACCUCCACCGAGGCGCGGCGCGACAUGGUGUGGGUCGGCGCCGACGCCCGCGCGCGGCGGAGCUUCUCGCUGCCCUCCGUCGACCGCCAGCGGCUGCGGCUGAGGGCUGUGUCGAUGCUCGGCACCCUCGGCCUCGCCGGCAGCGCCCGUUACUCGGGCACGUGCAGGCACGCGACGCUGUCGGUGGAGGAGAUGAUGAAGAGCGACAGCGACCACGCCGCGGACGCGGUGCUCGUCGGCGACGACGCGGCGAAGCGGCCCCUGACCCUGAAGCCCCACACGCCGACGCUGACGCCGCCCAACGAGCCCGAGGUGAUCAACGCGUGGGAGCUCAUGGCGGGGCUCGAGGACGACGUGCCGACGCCGCGCGCCACGUACAAGAGUCUGCCACUCGAUGAGUCGCCGCAGGAAUUCGCCUCGGCGCCGCCGCCGCUGCCGCAGUGGAUGCAGGCCGACAUGGACAUGCCCGUCGCCUUAGACUUCGACCCGGAGGUACUGUCCGGAUUCCGGGAGGCUCUAGAGGGCACGCAGCCGUCGUCGGAUCCUGCGGUUGUCUCGUCCGCCGAAGACGAGACACCCAGGGAGCAGGAGCGGAAGGACAGGAAGGACGCGGACGCAUGUGACAUGCCAAUGUCUCCGCCCACCGGCGACAUGCCGGAGCUUUCCGGCCUUGUCCGUGCCCGCAUCAUCGCGUUCCAAGAGAAGAUCGAACGGAGACGAGGCAAGGGCCGCGACGCCAAGGUGUCGCCGCUGUGGCCGCCGGGUGGCGAGCGGAAGGUGGUGGUGUACUUCACGAGCCUCCGCGGCGUGCGCAAGACGUUCGUGGACUGUUGCGCCGUGCGCAGCAUCCUGCGCAGCUACGGCGUGCGCCUGGACGAGCGCGACGUCUCCAUGAACGCCGUCUUCAAGGCCGAGCUCGCGGAGCUCCUCGGGCCAGGUUUCGCAGGCGCCGCGCUCCCGCGCGUGUUCGUCGACGGCCAGUACCUCGGCGGCGCCGAGGACGUGCACUUCCUGCACGAGGCGGGCGAGCUCGGGCGCGCCCUGGAGGGGUGCGAGGCCGCGCCCUCGCGGAAGCUCGGGUACAUGGAGGCGUGCGCCACCUGCGGCGACGUCCGGUUCGUGCCGUGCGAGACGUGCUACGGCAGCUGCAAGAUCUUCGUCGAGGACGACGACGCGGGCUACAGGUAUCACGACGUCGGCGAGUUCCGGCGGUGUCCCGAUUGUAAUGAGAAUGGCCUCGUCAGAUGCCCCGUUUGUUGCUGCUGA